UGACGCCUCUGAUUUGCGAAAUCCAUAGUCUUUUUUUCUUUUAAACAGCAGCAGGCGGCCCCUUUCUCUGUUCAGUUCAUGAAGUGUGUUCUUAGUUUCAUUACAAAAUACUGAACUGCGGUUUUUAAUUUAAUUUUUAUGCAGUAUAUAUAUUUUUUAAAAAGAUCUGGAAAGGCGCAUUUAGUUUGUGGCACUUUCACCUUAACUCAGCCCGGUCAAACCAGUGACCGCCGGACUUUGAGGGAGCAGCUGUUAUUGACCUGAAAUUGACAAGGACUGAGCUCUUCGCGGGAAAUCAAGCGACAACGCGGCUUUCAGGCAAGCGAGGAGGAGGAUAACAUGACCCCGGAUGUUUCUACCUUUGAGGUGAGCAGAUGCGUGGGAUGGAGUUCAUGCUUGGGGAAAGUUGCGGAGUCGCGGUUGGCGGAGUUCAAUCUUGAGAACCAACACAGCGGGCAGAAAGCGAACACAAGCUGCUUCCUGUACACUUUCACCUGUGAAUGGAUCAAGAGGGCAUGAAAAACAUGGACGAGAAGGAAACAGCUGACAAGGUUCUACCUUACUCUUCUGAAACUAGUUCCAGAGAUGGGUCCACAACAGACUUGCUAAAGGCGGUCUCCGACUCAAUGGGACUGUAUAUGGAUGACCUGCUUCCUCAGACUGAGCUGACGACAGCUUUGGAUAGGAAAGUUGAAAGUGACUCGGAGAAAAGCGGUAUUUCUCCCAAACAUCUGGAGGGCAUGGCCUUAUCGUCUGUAUCCAGUCUCAGUGAGGCGGCAGAACCGUCCACUUGGACCAACUGCGAUUUAGGUUUGAGUGAAAGCACUUCUGAAGGGAUCGGAGCGGGGAAACAGCCCAUCCCCUCCGCCCCCGCGAGUUCCUGGUCGCUUAUCAACACAGAUAGGAAUAUCCCCACGGAUCCCAAACUGCUCAAAGUGUGUCCCGGGGAAAACCCGAGUUCGAUGGACCAAGUUGGUAUCUCCGCCACUCUGCAGUCCAUGAAAUCCGAAAUCUGCCUGGAGAGAGACGAUGGAUGUCACUCAAGCUCCCGGGGGCAAAUGUCACCUCUGAAUAUUUUACGUUUCCCCUUCUUGCCCCUCAAUCCGAUCUAUCUGGCCGCGCGUACUCACCAACUUCUCGGCACGGAUGAUUGCGACCACGCUCCUUACAUCCCGGACAUUUCCAGCUCGUACGCCUAUGCUGAGACUGGCAGCUCCUCCAGUUCAAAGGGUGAAAGGAACAUGCAACCUGACUCGCAGCCGCCAAUAAACAUGAGCCAGGAAGCCAGCAACACAUUCGGUUACAUGCCCUCUGGUUAUUCCCCGUAUAGCGACUAUUCCAUUUCCCCUCAACAGCAAAGACCCAUCGUAAGAGGCGAACCUCUUGAAGAUGCUGUCAUGUUUAAGACUGAACCUAUAGAUUCCUAUAGUAUCCCACACCAUGAAGCAGGACUCAACUGCAGCUUCUUGGUUCAAGAUGACACCAUGCCGUCAACUUCUUCAGCUCCCGUGACUUGGUACCAACCCAUUACAUAUUUGGGUUAUCAAGGUGGAACUAAAACAAUGGCAGACAAUUAUUCGCAAAGCUACUCUCAGUACACUGGUUUGAUAAGGCCAGAGAAUGGAAGGGGCCAUGUCUCUCACUUUGCCCCAGGACUGAGUCUGCAGAAACUCUGUCUGAUCUGUGGUGAUGAAGCCUCAGGUUGUCACUAUGGAGUCCUUACAUGUGGAAGUUGUAAGGUUUUCUUCAAGAGGGCUGUUGAAGGGCAACAUAAAUAUUUAUGUGCAGGAAGAAAUGACUGCAUUAUUGACAAAAUUCGCAGGAAGAACUGUCCAGCCUGCCGUCUCAGAAAGUGCUAUCAAGCUGGAAUGGUGUUGGGAGCGCGAAAGCUAAGGAAAUUCAGUAAAUUAAAGAACAUCGGCAACAACCAAUCUUCUCUGCAGUCCGAAAUGACACUUCCAAGUGUCAGUCCAGUCGCAGUACCAAAGAUCACAUUACAUUCUGCUGGAGGAGUCCAGUUCACUCCGUCACUCGUUUCCAUUUUACAGAUAAUUGAACCCGAAGUUGUUUAUGCAGGCUAUGAUAACAGUCAGCCGGACUCGUCUAACUAUCUGCUAACCAGCCUGAAUAGGCUUUGCGAAAGGCAACUUGUAUCUGUUGUUAAAUGGGCCAAAUCUGUACCAGGAUUUCGGAACUUGCACAUAGAUGAUCAAAUGACCCUUAUUCAGUACUCGUGGAUGGGCUUGAUGGUAUUCGCAAUGGGAUGGCGAUCAUAUAAACACGUCAAAGGAAAAAUGCUGUACUUUGCUCCAGACCUGAUUUUUAAUGAGCAACGAAUGCAGAAGUCAGCAAUGUAUGAUCUGUGUAUAGCUAUGCGUCAAAUCUCACAAGAAUUUAUUCAUCUUCAAGUGACUCAUGAGGAAUUCUUAUGCAUGAAAACCUUAAUACUCCUUAAUACAAUUCCCUUGGAAGGCCUCAAGAGCCAGUCCUACUUUGAAGAGAUGCGGAGAGACUACAUUAGGGAGCUGAGUAGAGCCAUUAACUUGCAGGAGAAAGGUGCACAGGGCAGCUCUCAGCGUCUUUACCAGCUCACUAAACUCAUGGACUCGAUGCAUGAACUUGUCAAGAGGUUGCAGCAGUUCUGCUUGAAUACAUUUGUUCAGUCCCAGGUGCUGAGUGUGGAGUUUCCGGAGAUGAUGUCAGAGAUAAUAACUACACAGAUACCCAAGAUCCUGGCUGGGCUGGUGAAGCCACUGCUCUUCCACAAGAAAUGAGGAACUUUCUCUCUUUGUCGCAUCUGACUGCUUUGAUUCAUGGGCAGGGUUUUUUUGCAUUAUGCAAGCUUUAUUCUAUUUUUGUGACCAUGACAGUAAUGCAAAUGAAAAUUGUUUUCAAAUUUAUUACAAAAGACUUAGCAAUGAUGUUUGGUAUCAGUUUUGGUGGAAGUACAUUGUCUUAGCUGCACUAUAUGUUUUAUAAGCAAUGAAAUGUGAAUUUAGUCUUGUUGUUUAAUGUGUAAUUUUCAGAUCAAAAAGAUUUUGUAUCUUUUGGUACUUCCUGGUAUUUUGUAACAUUCAAGUUAUGUAAAGUUUCUGCAUCUGCUAUAACAUUAAAUGGAAAUGCUGUAUUCUUCAGUUUGAAAGCUGCUUAACCCCCAAAAUUUCUUCAUUCAUCAUAUUUCAUGUGCCAUAAAUGGUACCCAUACUUUUAAGCGGCUUUUCAGGUAGUCUUUCUUUACUAUUUCCAAUCAGAAAACCUUGGCUAUUAUGUUUUUUUUCUUCUGCCACAGCCAUCAACUGUAUUGAGUGCUGCUUUACUGCUGGAGAAGGUAAACAUUGCAUAGGUGACUGUGUCACAAGGUUAUUGUUUAUUGAAAGAUAUUCAGUGUUCAUGUUGUUUGGGGAAUUUACAUUACUCUGGGCUCCUCAGGUUUUAAAUUCCACUUUGCCCAUAAGAAAUCCUCAGUAGUCACAUUUUGUUUCCCUUCAAACAAUAAUUGAUAACAUGGAAAUUCACAGCAUUGUUAAGGGAAGACAAGGAACAGAGAUUCCAGUGUGCCUCAAGCCAAGCUCUAAAUUUGUGCAUGAUAGGAACUAGUAAAUGGAUUGAUAUUUACUGCCAGGUUUGUAAAUCCCAGGUGCAGAGCUUUUACUGGAGCCUCUAUAACUUAAUGUGGUGGCACUGUGCUUUCCUUUCUCAGAGAAUAACCAUCCAAGUCUCUCUCUUAGGCUGGAAGGUGAAAAAUCAGUACAUGCACUCAAACAAAGCAAAAAUCUGGAUAAUGUGCUUACAAUGCUGUUGAAGUUCUCAUCUGCCCACAUACAUAACCAGGGCAUUAUAUCCUGCAAGCCAGGAAAUCAAUAUAUUUACAAGUAUAGAUUUCCAUUGUGGUUUCAGGAUCAGGGAAGCAAGUUUACUGCAUGCCAUGCCAUGACUCCCUCCAGACGCUGAUUCAUAAGACAUUUAAAUUUCUAUUGUGAUUGCACAGAUAUGUGACUUUUCAGACCAGAAAGUGAAUGACAUCAUAAUUGUGUCUGUGCACUCACAUUUAGAAAUAGGACAGUAAUGUAAAGGAAUUUGUGUUUUUUUUUCUCUACCAAGGAAUUAACUGUGCAGAGUAUUAUUUUCUCAGUUGGGAUGCAAUCAUUCUUGUACAUAAGCCUAGGUUAUCUUACAUUUCCAGGAAGCAGGGUGCCACUAUAUCAAGUGACAAUAGGCACCAAAUGCAGUAUCCACUAUUCUGGCAGGAACUGCUCAAUGAGGGGUUUAAUUUCAGUUUGAUUUAGACAUGACAUCUGGAUCAGUGUUCUAUUAAAGCAGAGGGUAUCACCUCCUCAAUGAAGGGCUUAGUUACAGUUAGAUUUAGACAUGACAUCUGGAUCAGUGUUUCGUUAAUGUAGAUGACUCAGGGAUGAAAUCAUUGGUCAACUAGUUAAUGAUAUUACAAAAAUUGAAUUUUCUCUCCCGCCCAAGUAUUCUUUAAGAUCUAAAUUUAGAGAAUUAAAAGUAAUCUUUUAUUCCCUCAAUCGUUAAAACAAGUUAUAAGCUACCACAUAGAUAUAAGAGCAAUUGAAGGAAAAAGUGACUGUUUCAGAAUUCUGUUAAAUCAGACAACUUUCCUCAACUUUAUCCCUUAUUUCUCCAGACAUCCGCCUUCUGAAUCAUAUAGACCCCUCAAGCACUUUAGAGAAUCACCUGUUGUAUUUCCAACAGAUUAAAAAAUACAUUGCUGUUUGUCAGCGGGGUCCAAGAACAUGGAUAAUAUCUAGCUGUGUACAAUGUAAACUUCAUUUGAGAAUAAAUAUUCCCCUUCCUGAAAGUAACAAUGCUCAUGUUGAAUCAAGCCUUCUGUCUGCUUUGUUCACCUCACGUUGAAUGUGUCCAUUUGAGAUACUCAUAACUUAAUGACUUAGCCUGGAGACCUUGUUGUCAGACAUUCUUCCUUAUAAUUCAUAAUAAGAUCCCAGGAUAUAAGACCAAGUCUAAUAAGGCUGUCUAGCUCUUUUAUAUUGAAGUUCAAGGAAAUAUCAGGGAGCUCCUUUUGAAAUCACAAAAAUAUUUCCUUCUGGCUAAAAUCCUUUUAAGUUUCACUCUUUAAUCAAAAAGUGCAGUUCAAAGAAUAAAAAUGUAGUACAACACAGCCAUGUUCUUAUCUGCGGAACAACACUGAUUCUGAACUGUAAUACCGUUGAACAGGAAAGACUGUUCCCCAAAAGCUUCUCUGCUGAGUUGCUUCAUCUUAGCUGGAGAGGUAGUAGGAAUAUUACAUUGCCUUCUCCUCCUCCAAACCAGUUAAAUAAAAUUAGAGAUAAUUGCUAGUUCUGGAUUGUAUUUGCUGCAUUGGAUGAGUACGAGAUUAGUUUGACUGUAAUGACCUUUAGUCCACUCAUUCCCAUAUCUCCCAACUCCAUAAUACUCUAAUAGUUGCUUUCAUAGCUCAAGAAUGACCAAUUGAGCAUGUACCAGAGGGAAUCCAGUGCCUCAUGAACCAAACUCUAGCAUGGAGUUAAUGCCAGUAGGAAAUGAAGCUUGAUGCUAAUCAAAGGAAAUUGGGAAUUAAAACAAUAUGUUAAAUAUGCUUCAGCUUAUUAUUAACGUCUAUAAUCUGCAUGCUGAAGAUCUGCAUAAUAUGGUAACAUUUCUACAACUUCUGCAUAAGAUUGCACAUCAAAAGAUAUGAGUCUCAGCAUUUAAGAUAUUAAAACUCUAUAGGAAGGGAGGUGGGAUUUCAGGUUGCAAUCUCAUUGUGAGAAACACUGAUGCUGUUCAGAAUCUCUGAGCCUUGUUCCCUUGAUACUGAUACUUUAAUUCUGUGAACUUCCAAACUGGAAAACUCUUACAGAACUGGACCAAACUUCAUCAUCACGAAUAUCUUUCUUUUUUUUGGGGGGGGGGGGCAGGGAGGAUAUUCU